CAACCACUACCGCCGCCGUUGCCAUUUCAACAACAGCCGUUGUCACCACUCUCUCAACAUCAUCAUCAUCAACAAACACCGCCACCACUGCCUCCUCAACAGCAGCCACGUCCGCCACCACCACCACCUCAACAUCUCCAUCAACAAUAUCUACAACAUCAAGGGGGACAACCUCAAUACCAGCAAGGGCAACCACAGCAGGUCUUACAAACUCAACCUCAACGACCACCAUCGCAAUACGGACAACCUCUUCAACAAUAUCAACAACCACCGCCUCAACAGCAAUAUCAACAACCCCCGCCUCAACAUCCAUAUCAACAACCACCGCCUCAACAUCCAUAUCAACAACCACCGCCUCAACAUCCGUAUCAACAACCACCGCCUCAACAUCAAUAUUCACAACCACCACCACCACAACAACAACAGCCACCACCGCUUCAACCACCUCCAAAACCCGUUUAUUCCUAUUAUCAGCACCAAAACUUUCAUUGA